GAGGCUGGGAGGGGGAGAAGGCUGUAGUUGCCUCAGCCGUCGCAUCCUCGAGGGAGUCGUGUAGCCGCCAUCCCCGCCCCCGAGCUCGUCUACCGCCCCUGAAGCUCUUGUGUGCGCCGGGAUUCUCUCUAGCCGCCCGCCCGCCUUUGGCCUUGUGAACCGCGCCUCCAGCAGCAUGUGUGGUAUAUUUGCUUACUUAAACUACCAUGUUCCUCGCACAAGACGAGAAAUAUUGGAGACCCUAAUCAAAGGCCUUCAGAGAUUGGAGUACAGAGGAUAUGAUUCUGCAGGAGUGGGAGUUGAUGGAGGCAAUGACAAAGAUUGGGAAGCCAAUGCCUGCAAAAUCCAGCUCAUUAAGAAGAAAGGAAAAGUUAAAGCACUGGAUGAAGAAGUUCAUAAACAACAAGACAUGGAUUUGGACAUAGAAUUUGAUGUACACCUUGGAAUAGCUCAUACCCGUUGGGCAACACAUGGAGAACCCAAUCCUGUGAAUAGCCACCCCCAGCGCUCUGAUAAAAAUAAUGAAUUUAUUGUUAUUCAUAAUGGAAUCAUCACCAACUAUAAGGACUUGAAAAAGUUUUUGGAAAGCAAAGGCUAUGACUUUGAAUCUGAAACAGAUACAGAGGCAAUUGCCAAGCUUGUUAAAUACAUGUAUGACAACUGGGAAAGUCAAGAUAUCAGUUUUACUACCUUGGUGGAGAGAGUUAUCCAACAAUUGGAAGGUGCCUUUGCACUUGUAUUUAAAAGUGUUCAUUUUCCUGGGCAAGCAGUGGGCACAAGACGAGGUAGCCCCCUGCUGAUUGGUGUGCGGAGUGAACAUAAGCUUUCUACUGAUCACAUUCCAAUUCUUUAUAGGACAGCUAGGACUCAGAUUGGAUCAAAAUUCACACGGUGGGGAUCACAGGGAGAAAGAGGCAAAGACAAGAAAGGAGGCUGCAAUCUCUCUCGUGUGGACAGCACGACUUGCCUUUUUCCUGUUGAAGAAAAAGCAGUAGAAUAUUACUUUGCUUCUGAUGCAAGUGCUGUUAUUGAACACACCAAUCGGGUAAUCUUUCUAGAAGAUGAUGAUGUUGCAGCAGUAGUGGAUGGCCGUCUUUCUAUCCAUCGAAUUAAACGUACUGCAGGAGAUCAUCCUGCAAGAGCUGUGCAAACCCUCCAGAUGGAACUCCAGCAGAUCAUGAAGGGAAACUUCAGUUCAUUUAUGCAGAAGGAAAUUUUUGAGCAGCCGGAGUCUGUUGUGAACACUAUGAGAGGAAGAGUCAAUUUUGAUGACUAUACUGUGAAUUUGGGUGGUUUGAAGGAUCACAUUAAGGAGAUACAGAGGUGUCGGCGUUUGAUUCUUAUUGCUUGUGGAACAAGUUACCAUGCUGGAGUAGCAACACGUCAGGUUCUUGAGGAACUGACUGAGUUGCCGGUGAUGGUAGAACUAGCCAGUGACUUCCUAGAUAGAAACACGCCAGUCUUUCGAGAUGAUGUUUGCUUUUUCAUUAGUCAAUCAGGUGAGACGGCAGAUACCCUAAUGGGUCUUCGAUACUGUAAGGAGAGAGGAGCUUUAACAGUGGGAAUCACAAACACAGUUGGCAGUUCUAUAUCAAGGGAGACGGAUUGUGGUGUUCAUAUUAAUGCUGGCCCUGAGAUUGGCGUGGCCAGUACAAAGGCUUACACCAGCCAGUUUGUAUCCCUUGUGAUGUUUGCCCUUAUGAUGUGUGAUGACAGGAUCUCCAUGCAAGAGAGACGCAAAGAGAUCAUGCUUGGAUUGAAACGGCUCCCUGAUUUGAUUAAGGAAGUACUGAGCAUGGAUGAUGAAAUUCAGAAAUUAGCAACAGAACUUUAUCAUCAGAAGUCAGUCCUGAUAAUGGGACGAGGCUAUCAUUAUGCUACUUGUCUUGAAGGGGCACUGAAAAUCAAAGAAAUUACUUAUAUGCACUCUGAAGGCAUCCUUGCUGGUGAAUUGAAACAUGGUCCUCUGGCCUUGGUGGAUAAGUUGAUGCCUGUCAUCAUGAUCAUCAUGAGAGAUCACACUUACGCCAAAUGUCAGAAUGCUCUGCAGCAGGUAGUUGCUCGUCAGGGGCGCCCUGUGGUGAUUUGUGAUAAGGAGGAUACUGAGACCAUUAAGAACACAAAAAGAACAAUCAAGGUGCCACACUCAGUGGACUGCUUACAGGGUAUUCUCAGUGUGAUUCCUCUGCAGUUGCUAGCUUUCCACCUGGCUGUGCUGAGAGGCUAUGAUGUUGAUUUUCCACGGAAUCUUGCGAAAUCUGUAACCGUUGAGUAAAAAGCGUCUGAAACUUUGGAAGAUUAAACAACAGAAGUCACCUUUUGUCCUUUUGUAUUUAAAGCAUUGAUUUAAGAUAUCACUCCCCUGGAAGCCUUUUUUUUUUUUUUUUAAGUAAAUCCUUAUUUAUAUAUCAGUUAUAAUUAUUCCACUCAAUUUGUGAUUUUUGUGAAAUUGCUUCUUAUAUUUUUCCAGUAAAAUGUAGGGGAGUUUGAAUAAUGAAAUCUACAUUGGAAUCUGUAUCAGAGAGAUUUUAGCUGUCGUUUUCUUUAAAGAAUGCUGGGUGUUGAAUUUCUGGGCCCUCUGCUUCAAUUGAGAGGAUUGUAUAUUUUAAAAAAUAAUUGGCAUUUAUUUUACCAUGCAUUUAUUCAUUUAGACCAGUCAUAGAGUUGUGCAUUUAUUUGGGAUUUCUAAAUUCAGUGGCAGUGUAUGCUAACACUUGGACAUUUAUUGAAGGUUUUACUGUAUAUAUAAACAGAAGAUGCUGUGAUUUAUUUCAAAACUUAUUUCUAUUUUGAUUUUAAAUCAAACCGUAAUACUUAAAGACUUAACACUUUCCUUAAUGGGAUUUGUAUCUAAGGUCAAUUAACCUUAGUUCUCAUACUUAUCCGUUAUCUGUAGGUGGAAAUAAUUUAGGAAGCAGAAUAUUAGAGUAGUGCAUUGGUGUUCACCAGUGCACUUAUAGAACACAUGCACAAUUUUAUAGCACAAACUUUAAAUUUGAAUUGCUUUGGACAACUGAUGAUGUGAUUUUAAAUUUGAAGAUGGAAUAUUGGUUAUCCUCCUUGUUUUUUCAUCUAAAAGAAAAUUUUCAUUUCCUUGUGUCUGUAGUCUUUUAUUUUUAAAGUAACUGUUGAAUGACAUUGUAUCUUGUUCUUGAAAUCACAACAGAGCUGCUGUCAAAUGUUUCAGAUUGUCAAUAUGAAUAUAUUCAAUAUUAUUUUCAACUUUGUCCCAUGGAAGAAUUUCCUUCAGUUAGUUUUGACUUUCUUCACUGCCUUGUUGCAUAAAACUAAUAUACCCUUAGUGCCAGUUUGGAAGUUCUCUGAAAUUGCAUAGAAGAUUUUCAGGUCUUUGACUCUAAAUGGGUAUGGUAGGCUAGGCUCUGAAAAAUUAUAUGCUUCAUACUGAUAUUAGUGAAGAAUGGCUUCAUAUUUAGUAUUCCUAGAUAUUUUUCCUCUGUAUUUUCUGUUUUACCUCUGAAAUUUAUUUAGGAAUGAAGAUGAUGUAAAUAAAGUGAUGGUAAGAUUUCUGCAAUUGGUUAGGGUCAGAAAUGGAAGUUGACAUUUUGGGUUAAAAUAUUUAAAGUAGAAUAUUAGUUAGAUACCCCAAAAAUGUGAGUAAUGUUUGUUUGUUUGUUUGUUUUUUCACAGAGCUUUUGGGUUAGAUAUUGGGGGCUAUAGGAGAGUGUUUAUGUUUUAGUUAAGUUCUUUUAAAAGUACUCACUUUUUAAAUUGUGAAGGUGAAAUAUUUAGUAUAAUUUCUAUUAAGUUCUGUCUUUUUUGUUUUGAACUUCUUGGUGUUAAGAAUUUUGGAUAGCUAUUGCUAUAAGAGAAGUAUAGAACUCUGCUUGUGCAUGAUGGGUAGAGAAAGAAAUGGAGUAUUUUGAGGUAAUUUGGAAGGAAUCAUUGAUGGAGACUAGAGACCUCAUUGUUUUUAAAAACAAGGUCACUAUUCACAUCAUAUAUAUAUAUAUGUAUAUAUACACACACACAUAUAUAUCGUUGCUAUAGCUCUAUUUACUUAACUUUGUUUAUAAGAUUAUUUUGUGUAAGCCUGCUAGUUUUAGUAUGUGUCUUAUAUCAUUUCUUACAUUUGGUACGACAGCAUUUGACACACAUGAUGUGUGGGUUUGCAGCAUUUCUUAAAUUAUUUUAUUGACAGGUAAUUAUUGUGCAUUGUUAUGGGGUGCAGUGUGAUGUUUUGGUACAUUGUAAAAUGAUUAACUCAGAAUACUUAGAUUAUCUAUCAUCUCAAACAUGUAUAAUUUCUUUGUGAUAAGAACAAUCAGAGUGGUCUUUUCUAGCUAUUUUGAAUUAUACAAUUUGGUACUGUUGGCUCUUAUCACCCUUCUAUGUAAUAGAAUUCCAGAACUUACUUCUAUCUGGCUGUGAUUUAUACUGUUUAACCAAUCUCCUUUUUCAUACACACAUACUCCAAGCUAGGGUAAGUUCUAAACUGAAUAUCAAAAACCAAGUUGAAGGAUGAAGUGGUAUUUUCUAAACAAACAUGAUUUUUCCCCCUUUUCUCUCUUGCGCUCUACCCCAUUUAAUGUAGUGAUUUUUAAAUGUUUGUAUAAAUUAAUUUUUAACCUAAAAAAGGUCUUACAGUAGGCAAACAUAGAUAAGUGAGCAUACCCAGUUAAAGCUGAUGUAAUGUAGACUACAAAACUCUGGUUAUUCAAAAAAAGAUAUUCUACAAAAGGAGUUCUUUAUAUAAAAAGUUUUUCCUUGUAGUACAUUUAAAGUUUAAAUUCACUCAUAGGUCCUUUCCUGUGGGCCUUUUUUAGUCAGGGGACGUGUAGCAUCUAACACAUGAUCCAGUAAGUGAUUAUUACUUUGAAAUCAACUUUUCUACUUUAAAAAUCACAUAUGCCAUAGGAUAAAGAUAAGAGAAAAAAAUUGUCAGCUCUUUUUAGUUUGUUAUAACAAUGUCAAUAUUUUUUUUUUUUAAUGACUACCUAUUGUGAGCUGUGCUGGGCAUUGAAAAUUACAUCUAUCUUCUCAAGCAAUAUCUGUUUGUCCCCAGGUGGACUUGUCACUGGAGAAGACUAGUUUUGUUGAAAGGCACAGGAUGCUAUGAGUUGAGUGAAUUUGUUUACUUAAAUAAUGGUCCAAGUUUGGGGGCAUAUCAUACAUCAUGUUCAUAAGAAGCGAAGUGCUUGUGCAGAGUGAACUGUGAUCACAGGCUAUGAACAAUGUGUAGUCAUUAGUACACAGGCAAAAACAGUUAAGUGCUCCUGCUCCUCAGAGGGAACUGACACAGGGUACAGUGCAGAUGGGUUGUUGGUUGAGAGCUAAUAGAAACAUUUCUCUUCAGAAAGCUUUCUUAGGUUGUUUCUUAGAUACUGUGUUCUUUUAAAUCCAGGUCUCUUGUCCUGAAUGAGUUCUGAGGAUGGGAGGAAAGGAGCCUAUUUUGGGCUCAUUGGUAAAAUUUCUCUGACAUUUAUUUCAUUACUCUUCAAAGAAGGAAAACCAGCUAAAGUGUUUAUUUUAACAAACAUUUUAAGUCCUUUGGGAUCCGCUUUUUCUCUUUAUCUUUUUUUUAUAAAUAGGAUAUUCUAUAGCAAUAAAAGAGAAAGACUAAUGUUAGUUACCUAGUUAUUGAAUGCUACAACUUAAGUGAUUUUUCUAAAAAAAGCACAAAGUCAUUGAAAAGUAUUUAUUGAAAAAUAAUUCAUAGUUCACAUUGAAUUUGUGAAGGCCAAAGAAAUUGAAGAGAAUGAUAAAGAUAUUUCAUUUUGUGAAAUCCACAUAUUUAGUAAAUUUUAUGUACAAGAAUUCCAGGCAGUGUUUUAUCCACAGAAACAGAUUUCAAUUUUUACUGUUAAGAAUCUCAAGUGUAGAGGUUUUAACAAUAAAUCUGUUUUUACCCACUGUAUUUCAAGAUUGUUAAUAUAUAUUUCAGUUAUCUUCCUAGCUUGAUAAAUUUAAACAUAUCUUCAGAUAAAGACAGUAAGACUGAUCUUAUUAGCUUCAAACCAAUAAUAUCCAGGGUUAAAAUUAUAGUGAGCUAGAAAGAAUGUUAAGUUAUGCCAUAUUAACUUGUAAGUCUGUAAUAACUUCAUGUGAAAAUGUUAUAUAAUACAUGAUAACUAAUGGUUAAUGAAAACAUCUUAGAAAUUCUCAAAUUACCUUGCUUUCUAUACUAGUUUUCAGAAUGAAUAUAGAAGUGAUCCUGUUAGCUUUUUGGAUGUUCUGUGGUUGAAUGUGUUUUUGCCUAAAUAAAACUUUUGGUAUUUGUUUAAAUUAUACUUCUUGUGAGGGGGAUGGGUUAGAAUCGUUCUUGCUUUGUUUCAGUUUUGUGUUCUUUGAAAUGAAUGUUUAGUUUUCUGAGCCAGUUGGUCAUUUCAUCUUCAUGACUCGUAUUUCAGCAACUCUAAGCUGGGACUGUGAAUAGAUUACCAAAAAGUUGCUGAGAAUUUAAUUUUGAAGCAAUCUGCCAAUAUUUGAAGCAUAUACAUGUAUGUAAUUGUUUUAAAAAUUGUACUGUACUAAGAAAUGUAGGCAUUGUUUUACUUUAGUUGUAAGUAAACAUUUGUGAUGCUAAAAGUUUACUCAUUAACUUUUAAAAAUAAGAAAUGAUUGCAUAAAUAUCAUCAAAAGCCACAUUUUUCUAUCCAAACUUCCCAAUUGUUUUAAAAAGCAUCAUUAGAUAAAACAAAGUCUGUAUACUCUUCCUGAUAUCACACUCCAUAAAUAAUACACUUUCUCAAGUCACUUUAAAUUUUUUGCAGUAAACUGUUGUUUGUUGCAAAUUUUCAGGAUUUGUAGUAAUCAGAAAUUUUGAGUGAAUUGAUAGUUGCAAAGUAAGGAUAUAUAAGGAAAAUGAGUGACAAGACAAUCUCAAGUUUCUGUAGUAUCUGUCAAUCUGUUAAUUAUAGAACAAAGAUUCCCUUUACAGAAUUCUUUUUUUUUUUUUUUUGUGGUGCUGAGGAUUGAACUCAGGGCCUGGUGCUUGUGAGGCAAGCACUCUAACAACUGAGCUACAUCCCCAACCCUACAGAAUUCUUUUAUAUCCAGCAAGCUGGAUGCUUUCCCCAGUGCUCACAGCACUUGUGUUUCACAGGAGAUUGCAAAACCGGGGUGGUUUGAAUGAACAGAUAUGUGGAGUCUGUGAAUUCUCCCUCCUCCUCCCUUCUCUCGCUCUCAUUUUGUAAAACCUAACUUGCCUCAUCAGCAUGAAUCAUUUUUUUCAAAGGACUACCCUGUUGACAUAAAAUUCAGCUUUACUUCUAUGUGAACAAUUUUCUUUCAGUUCUUCUCAGUUGACUAUCAGUAUUUACUGAGACUUUACUGAAGGCCCAGAAGUAAUUUCUCUAAAAAUUAACAGGGCACUUUUCAUUAAAUUGCAUUUGGAGGAAAAAUAAUUCUUUAACUUUUUUGGAUGAAGGAAAAAGUAAAGGCUAAGUUUCAAUCAUCUGAAGGUAAACAUGCUUCUUUCAUUUUUUAAGAUAAUAUAGGAGCUUUAUUAACCUUAUGAGCAUCCUGGAAAUAGAAACUAACCUUGUGCUAAAGCACAGAAGAGUUACCAGAACAAGUCAUUUAAUCAGCUGACUCCUUCCCAGGUGCUAUAUCUGUGAUGUGUUCAUCAUUCUCUUUUUGGUGAGCAUGUAUGCAGUAGAUUAUUUCCAAGAUUGAGAGGUACUUUGUGAACUUAUGUUAACAUGCUUCAUUGACUUGAAUUCCAAGGUUCACUAAUAUAUUUUCUAGUAGAGACUGCUGCUACUUAUUCAUAUUUUCCUUUUUACAGGAGAUUUUGAAUAUGAACUUUGGGUGUAUAAUUGAAAAUAUGAAAUAAAAAAUGGAGCUUUUUAAACAAUUAGAGAAGUGCCCUCUGGAUAGAAUUUUGUUCCCAUUCACUUAUCAUUCUGCCUCUGUUUGUAUAAACUUAAAAAAAAAAAAAGACUCUUUACACUAGUUUGAAUAAAAACAAGUGGUGUUAUUUCCAUGUUUUUAAUUUAUGCAGUAUA